CACACAAACACCCACAUGUGCACUGCCUUAAGAUCCUGUUUCCCUCCACCACAGCAUAACAGACACGACCACACAGUCCACUGGCUGCUUUCUCUGGUAAAGAUGCUUGUCGGUCGAUACCAUCUCUCCCUUUGGACUCUAACGGUGGUUACGGGUUGUCUCCGACUUUGGGGUACGGUCUCCUCAGACUCCAUCCCGGCUCCCUCCCUCAUAGUCGUCUCCUCGGUAGGGAAGAACACCCAGGGGCCCGUGUCCCUGGUCUGCCGGGCCCCUGAGGGCCACGGAGGGACCUUGUUCAGACUCAACAGGUUCGAGGAGCUGGUGGACACGCGGACGUUCCCCACCGAGAGACGGGAGGCUCAUUUUACCCUGCAGAUGACGACGUAUUCAGCCCAAGACGACCUGUAUUGCUGUCUGUACCAAAGCCAAGGGACUUAUAGUUUGUUCAGUCCCUAUGUGUCCCUGAUUCAGCGAGGUGUCUCCUCUUCCCUUCCCCCUCCUCUCCUUUCAGUCCAGCCCCCAGGUGGUCAGGUGAAACAUGGACAGACGCUCUCCUUCGACUGCUCCCUGGCUCCCUCCCAGCAGAGCGUGGAACCAGAGGCCUUUCUCCUGCUGAGAACAGCUAGAGUGACCAGGGGCUCCAUGGUCCACCCUGAGUCCCUGUUGGUGUUCCGCUCCACAGCCAGGGCCAGGGCCGGGGCCUUCAGCCUAGAGCCCGUGAGGAGCCAAGAUGGGGGGUCCUACACCUGUUUGUACCAGGUCGCCAUGCCUCAACAGGGCUUGGUCAAUUCCACCGCCAGUCCACCGGUUCAAGUGGUUGUCACAGAGGUGUUACCGCCCCCCACCCUGUCCCUGGACAACCAGACGGGGGGGGGCGUCCUGGUAUGCACCGGCUCGCCCUCCUAUCCCGGGGCCCGCUUUUCCCUGUACCGCCUGGGCAGCGUCCACCCCGAAGCCACCCGUGACGCCCCCGCGAUCCGACACCGUGCCCUGUUCGCCCUCUCCUCCCUGCCCCCCCGGGAGGACCCCAUGUCGGACCAGUUUCAGUGCCAGUACAGCGCCUUACUGGGAACCGAGUGGAGCCAUUCGGAACGCACAGAGCCGCUGGCCGUGUCCACCGUCACAGAAAAGAACUCUGAGUCCCCGCCGUUGUUGCCAGAUGCUGUUUCUCUGGUAGGGCCGAUUUAUAUGGACUGGCCUCUGGUCCUGGGAUCUCUGUCUGCUCUGGUUCUGUUCCUCAUCAUACUUGUGGUCCUGAGUGUGGCUGUGAAGAGGAAAGUUAAGGCUACAGUUGAGAAAAAGAGAAGAAGAGAUGCUGCACUUCUCUGGACCAAGCUUCAGUCCAGGGACCACAUUGUUGACCUUACCCUCACGCGCAUCAGUACUUCCUCUCAGGAAUGGGGAAUCUACGACAGACCAGCAGAAGAGUCCCCUGACAGGAGCCAUUUUUCUACAUUUGGCAACACACCAUCCUUCUGACCUCCUUUAUCACACCAUUUCGUACAUUCAUUUCCUUCAAGUGAAACGCACUUUAAACAAAUAGGGAUGUCAUGUUUUCUCAGCGCCUUUCUGCUUGACACACCCCUCGUCUUUCUCUCCUUUUCUCCUUCCCUCUUGUCCUCUCUAUCCUUCUCUUCUGUAUAUAUUUACAUGGUCCUGUCCUUUACCUUUACAUUGUUCACCUCUCUCCGUUUCUCUCUCACGGACCCUUUUAUUUAUCUAGAAAGUCAACCUACUUGACCUACUUUACUUCAUCCCUCUCUCUCUCCUCCCUCUCCCUCAACACCUCCCCCUUUCUCCUCCCUCUCCCUCAACACCUCCCCCU